AUGGCCGUGGACAUGGACAUGGAAGCCAUAAAAACGCUGUCGUCGAGCCAAGAAGAUGCCAGCCAGUACCAGUCCGAGUCCAACUGGAAGUCCAAUUGCAAAUUACGAGGCAGCAAAAACAGCGGAUGCAGUCAGAAGAGCAGUACCAGUGUCAGUGCCAGAAAAAAGAAAGUUAUUGGAGCCGGUUGUGGCCACCUGUUGCCGUCCCUCGCCGCUGCACUUUGCAUACUGAUCUUCCAGCUGGAGCUGACUCCUCCAGUCAGCUCCAUGUCGGCGGCCAACGAGACGGCCUGGCCACCCAUGCGGCAUUACGAUAUUUGGGACGACGACUUGGGCGAGCCAGGUGAUCUCGAGGAGGAGUCUUUGGCGGAGGAGGCGGACUUUAAGCUGCAAAACGGAAUACAGGAGGAACUGGAUCUGGAACUGCAGCAGCAGGACUUUUCUGAUCGGAGUUUUAACCACACGAACACCAGGCAGGGAAAAGUGAUUCACCUGUUUCCCGUUCCCGUCGAUGGUGACUGCAUGUCCAACGAUGGUCGGCGGAUUGGAAACUGCCUAAAUGCCUACGAGUGCCGCCAGAAGGAUGGUCAGGCGAAGGGUGAGUGUGCCAUGGGAUUCGGGGUAUGCUGUGUGUUCCUGGCCAGCUGCAACACCAUAAUCUCGAACAACAUCACGUAUAUCGUGUCGCCGGGAUUCCCCAGUUUCAUGCCCAGCAACUUUAGUGAAUGCAGUCUGCGGGUAAAGAUGAUGAGCGAUGAAAUCAGCCAAGUGCGAAUCGACUUUCAUCACUUCACGUUGGGUCAGCCGAACCGAAGGACUGGCGUUUGCGAAGGCGACGUUUUCAGUAUAGGUGGAGGACCAGGGGGAAAUUUCUCCCUUUGCGGACAGAACAGUGGUCAGCAUAUGUACUACGACGUGGGAGCUAGAUCUUCACCAAGACAAUCCACUUUGUACGGAAGUCUGCGACCCGUGGAUGCGGGUAAUAGCACCAGCAACUCCACAUCCACAGGAGAUCGCUUCAUCGACAUCAGUCUCAAUCUGUCCAGUCGCCUCCUGCCUCUUCGCAUUUGGGAGAUGAGUGUGGUCCAGAUCCCCUUCAUCCAACGAGCUCCGGCUGGAUGUUUGCAAUAUCACACCGGAACAGAGGGCAUUAUGCAGACCUUUAAUUUCGCCGAAAAUGGGCGACACUUGGCCAAUCAGAACUAUCGGAUAUGUGUGCGUCAGGAGCUGGAUAUGUGCUCGAUUAUGUAUCAGCCAUGCGAUGAGCAGUCCUUCCGGAUCGGCGGCGGUGGUCGAAUGGCAACCCGAGGUGGUGAGAGUGCGGACGGAUCAACGACAACAUCGAAUUCUCCUGUAGCCCAGUCGGAAGUGGCAGGUGGAACAGUCACAGCGACAGCAACGACGGGCAGUGCAGCCAUGACCACGACAGCUCCAACUUCUAGCACCCUAAUGCAGAUGUUGGCCAACAUGGCCAACUCCAGCAGUGCAACGCUCAUGACCAUGAUGACCGGGAAUUCAACGCCAGCGGCCAGUGCAGCGUCGUCCGCCAGUAGCAGUAGCAGCAGCACGGCUGCCAUGAGCACGACGACGACAACAACAACCACUCCAACACCGCUUCGUUCAAGUACAGAGGCUUCAACCACCUCGCAGGCACCGGCAUCCUCGCCAGCCAGCGACGAUGUGGAGGGUUCUGGUGGUGAAGUUGAAGAUGAUGAUGACGACGGCGGGUUCCUUUUUUUCCGAAGUCGUCCCACCACCGAGGAACCGGGCGUCUCCAGACGGCCUCGUCCAAGUGGAGGCUUCGACAUAAUGGGCAUUAUUCGCAAUGCCCUUGACCUGCCGCUGAAGUGGCGGCGGCGUCAGGCUCGCCAGUUCUUUAGCACCUGCUCUGAUCGGAUCACCAUGCCAUGCAUCAUAGAGGACUUCAUAGGCACCGGACUGGGUCCACUUCCCGGUUGCGAGCCCGUCCACUGUGGUGCCCAGUUCUGCUCCUCGGGUGUGUGGCCAUGUCGCAUCGAAAGCACGGUGACUCCGUUCUAUAUUGGCGUCCAUUUCGGCAAUGGGAUGGGUGCUGGCAAGGCGAAUGCAGAGGAUAAUGUGGGAGCCUGUCUCCGGUUUUCCCAGGUGCAAUGCAUGUAG